CUUUGCCUCGUCAGAUUCAUUUCUUUUCCUCUGUCCAUUUAAUUGAACUGGUUUAAAAAAAACAUAAUUAGCAUUUAAAUCUCUUUCCUACAGUCCCUUGCCCUUCCUACAUCGCUCUCUCUCCCCUCUCUUACUCUAGCAGACUCUCCAUGUCUCAGUCGCUAAGGCAACCGAUGCUUUUUUUUCUCGCUUGCUCUCUGUAUCUCCCCCUUUCUCUCUGUCUCCUCUCUCAUUCCCUCUCUUCACUGCCAGAGAGAGAUGAUCGGAGAAGAGGAGUCUCAGUGAACAGAGCGAAGCGAUGGAGAGAUGCUUCAUCUCUCUUGUCGCACGACUGACUGCCCUCAUCUCCCUUUUUCUGGUUGCUCUGGUGACACAGCCCUCUACCUGUAACCGUGACGACAGCGAGGGUGAGGAGCAGGUGGACACCCUGUCGGUCCAGUUGUCAGUCACAGCCCAGGCCACACCUACCCCUCUGUGGGCGGUGGUCUGGGGUCCUACACAGCCGCUGGAAGAUGAGACACACCACUUCCUCUCUAGCCAGGAAACCGAUCACCUGCGUCUGCAUGGGAACCAGCAGGAGACCAGCACUAUGUCUGAAGACUGGCUUUACCCCGACACAAGCAUGCAGCCCCGAGAGAGACCACCACUCGAGUCCAGGGACCAGGAGGGAGUGGAUGAUGGAGGGGCAGAGGCAGAGGAGACGGAGCCUGAGGAAGUGGACCCUCAGUUCUACGUCACCGUGACCAUCUCCUCGCUGCUCAUCCUGACAGCUGUCAUCAUUACAGCCAAACUCUGUUAUGAUCGCAGCUGUUCCCAGCAUCCGCCCCCGCUUUCCCGUGGCGUGCCCCCCGCCCUCUCCCUCGCACUCCCUCGCUCCCUCGCUUCGGAGGAAAGCCGGCAGACGCUGCACAGCACCACCUCCUCCUUCACCGACAGGGAGAGGAUCCCAGUUGUGAACCUGUGAGGUGGCUGUUUUCCAUGUGGUAAACAUUUCUACGGGGCCCGAGGAUGAACAUCAGUACGACCAGAGGGUGUGCCCGCAGCAGCGUUUUAUUUUCUCUGAAACUGUGAAAUGACUUUAGGGAUCCCAGGUAUCCAGCCAUCACAAAACCCAUCGGCUUCUCUAAGGUCUAAAAAAAAAUCCAAGCUAAUCGUAGUCCUUUGUCCCUCCCUUUCUCUGUGCUUGGUUUAAUUUCUUCAUGUGGUUCUGCUUCAUAGUGUCCUGUUCAGUGUUUUCCACCCUUUGUAUGGCCCCAAGCUCUGCCAAGUUGGCCAGCAGCUUUGUGCUUCAACCUGCCAUGACUAAUUCACAAACGAACAGUUAAACAGCCGUGUAACAUCCCAUUACCCCUGUAAGACCCUACCUGGGCUUCUACAACUGUUUCUAGUGAUUUAGCUGCACAUGUGAAGCCUUUCAUUGUUAAUGCCAGUGAGGCAAACUGUUCUUUUUAUACAAGUAUUCUAAAAUUCUGCUCAGUUUAGCAGGCUUGAUCUGGCUUAUAAAUGGUUAAAAAGCCAUUCUCAGCAUCUCUACACUGAACGGGGUAUUUCACAAAGCUGUUUAGCACAGUUGUAGCCAACAGGCAAUGUGUUUAACACGUCACGCUCCAAAAACUGCUGUUUAUUCCUCGCUUUGGGCGCCUGAAAUGCAAAUAGUGUGGCUUUUUUCCUCUGCCCUAUGUAGAGGAGUCUGUUUUGUUUCAGGUUUUCCUCAUGAUUUGUUCUCUUAAUUAUCUGGCUGACAUUCACCCUUUUGUCAAGCCUUUGUGAGCGCAUGUUGUUUCUGCUGGACUGUGUAGAGGUGUGUUAAGCAUAGAAAACUUUCUGUGGUGGAGAUAAAAUAUUCACAACGUGAAUGGAUAGAACCAUUCCUGUGGGAAAUCAAUGUUUGCCAAAGGUUUGGAUGGCAGACAAAGAGAUGUUAUGCUGUCAUGGAACUGAGCAUCAGUCAACUGUACAUGUGAUCAAAGGACUCGUUUUAUGAACAUGUUUUUUUUAAUGUCUCAAUCUGGAAAACAACAUUUCCCUUCAUAUUAUUAUCAGCUAUCUUGAGUGCACCAAAGGAAACUAGACCAUCAAGGAGCAUCAUUUCUGUAUGUCCAGUGAAUCUGCAUGUAUACACUAAGAAAAACUGGGAGAGUUGCUUGAGAUCUAUUGUUUAUAAAAAUGUCUAUUUUAUUAGUGUGUGGUAUCCAUUAGAACCUUUCAAAGCCAAAUAUCAGAUUGUGUUUGGCAACUUUUCUUAGCAGCUUUGAAAUAUAAGCCCCUGAGUUACACCCAUCUCCACUCCAGACAAAAUGCUGGUGGCAUCACGAGUAGCUUGUGCCAUCAUCCAGAUAUCCAGUCUUGUGAUUUUCAGUAGCGUUCCUGUAGAAGUUUGGUCUUUCUGUACCAUGGAAGUUCAAUAAAGACUCAACACUUUCAUUUUA